AUGCGUUUCUCUCUCUUCACUGUCGCCACCGCGGCUUUGAUCGUCUCCGCCUCUGCGGCUCCUGCCCCUGCUCCUACCCGCGCUCAUGGUCAUCGUGGUGGUCACCACAACGGUACAGAGACCAAUAGCCUCAACCAUGGCACAAAGCACCCCGGCAAUGGCAUGAAGAACGGUGCGGGACGGGGUGGGCAACCAUAUGGCGGUGCUUCUGGUGUUUUCCCUACUGAUGGCAGUGCUCCCACAGGGAGCUUCCCGGGCUCUGGUGGCCAGCCAUCCAAUUCUGGAAUGACUGCGAUUCCCACUUACCUGCCUGGAAACGAGAACGAAAACGACAACAAGCGAAGAUCUCUCGUCUCUGAUCCUGCUUUCACUAAACGCCAACUGUUUGACUGGGUCUGGAAAGCCAAGUCCGACGGAAGUGACAAAGCCUCUGAUUCUUCCGACGACAAGGAGACCUCUGGAGAAAGUAAGGACGAUAAAAAGUCUAGUUCCAGCGACGAUAAAGAGGACUCUACAGACUCUUCAAAGGGUUCAUCUGACUCCAAGGAAGACUCCACUGACGAAUCGAAAGACACUUCAGACUCAUCCGGCUCUAGCGACGAGUCUUCUGACGACGCGAGCGACAGCACUGGAGGUAGCUCCGACGAUAGCACAUCCGAUGACAAAGAGUCCAGUGACUCUGGCUCGAGCUCUGGUGGGGAUGAAGAGGCAGAUUCUCCAACUGAGGGUGGCGAUCCGAGCUCGGAGUCUGGCUCAAACACUGAGAGCGGCAGCGGCAGCGAUUCCUCGUCUGGCGACGACUCUUCCUCGGGUGGAGACUCGUCCUCUGGCUCAGGCGGCGACUCUUCUUCUGGUGAUGAGUCUUCCUCGGGUGGUGAAUCAUCCUCCGGUAGCGACUCGUCUUCAGGGGGAGAGUCUUCUUCUGGCUCAGGCGGUAGCUCCGCACCAAGCUCUGGAUCGGGUAACUCCACUGUACCUGCCUCUGGUGGUACUGCAGCAAGCGGCACCAUGCCAGCAGCAGCUGGCGAAUCAACCCUUACAGAGACCAUGAUGGUAACAGGCGAGUUCGAUGGUGGCAUGAAACGUUUCGGUCGUGGCGUAUCCUGCACAGGACAAUCAGAAGGAGGAGACAGCGAUGCAGUAUUCUCUCUUGCAGCUGGCGCCACUCUUCGUAACGUCAUCAUCGGUGCCGAUCAGAUCGAGGGUGUACACUGCCAAGGUCCUUGCACUAUCGAGAAUGUCUGGUGGGAAGAUGUUUGCGAGGACGCUCUCACCUUCAAGAAGGACGGUGACGGCACAGUCACCGGUGGUGGAGCUAUAGGCGCAUCCGACAAAGUCAUCCAGCACAACGGUGUCGGCACAAUUACAGUCAGCGGCUUCACUGUCUCUGACUUCGGCAAGCUAUACCGGUCAUGCGGUAAUUGCAAGACGAUGGGUGAGCGCCAUGUAAAGAUCGACAGUGUGAAGGCUACAGGUGGAAAAGCCACUUUCGUUGGCAUAAACACCAACUACGGAGAUACUGCGACAAUCACCAACUCUUGUAUCACGGAUACAAAGGCUAUCUGCGAGGAGUUUGAGGGCAACGAUACCGGUGCUGAGCCUAAGCAGAUCAGCGAGGGUCCUAGCUCCGCUUGCAUCUACACUCCUGCUGAUAUCACCGCUUGUUAG